UCUUGUUACAAAUCAUAAAAUCAAAUCUCUUUACUCAACAGCUCCAUAGAGUUGGUUUCUACGCAGUCAACGUAUUCAACAAGAAAUAACCUCAUAAACAAUGAUGAUCAAAUCCUUCGCUUUAUUCGCCUUAGUGGCUAUUUCCGCAGCUUUCAUUGUUCCUGAGGAUCAAUACCAGGAGUAUAUGAUUGUAGGACACUACGAACCCGAUGAACAUGAACUUGUGGAUCUCGAUCAAUAUGUCAGACACAGAAGAUCUUUUGCUCCAGGCGGUACACAAAUCGGCGGCAGCACAGAAAGUCCGUAUCCAUGGAGUGUAGGAGGUAAAGUUGAUAGAGUUGGACAAGAUACCGUUGCCAAGAUUAAUGCUGGUCACAAAACUGAUCAAACUCAAAUUACUGGAACUUGGAAUAAAGUUGUUAGGGGACCACACAAGUCUAAACCCAACUGGAGUGUUGGUGCUCAUCACAGAUGUCACGACUUUUUAUUUGUCGUGAUAAAAUUAAGUAAUUUGAUGAUGAUUAAAUGCAUUAUUUUAUUCGCCUUAGUGGCUAUUUCCACAGCUUUCAUUAUUCCUGAGGAUCAAUACCAGGAGUAUAUUAUUGUGGGACACUAUGAACCCCAUGAACUUGUGGAUCUUGAUCAACAAGCCAGACACAGAAGAUCUUUUGCUCCAGGUGGUACACAAAUCGGCGGUAGCACAGAAAGUCCGUAUCCCUGGAGUGUAGGGGGUAACGUUGAUAGAGUUGGACAAGAUACCGUUGCCAAGAUUAAUGCUGGUCACAAAACCGAUCAAACUCAAAUUACUGGAACUUGGAGUAAAGUUGUUAGGGGCCCACACAAGUCUAAACCCAACUGGAGUAUUGGUGCUCAGCACAGGUGGUAAAGCAUAUCUACAUUUCGAAGAUAAAUGUCUUGAUAUUUAUUAUUUAAGAACUAAUACACAUUAUUAUAUUUA